CGCCGGCUUAUGUUUCCAGUAAGAAGCAGAAGCGUAUUGUGUCAUUCCCUGGGCUCUGCCCGCACCAGGAAGUCUCUCCCGGUAACAAGCGCUGCGGCAGGAAGCAGAGAGACACUGAGCCGGGCGAUUACCGUAAUCCAUGCUGUGCCAGAAACACGAACGCCGUGAUGGAACAUAUCAGGACCACCAAGGUGGAGCAGGUGAAAUUAUUGGAUCGCUUCAGCCCUAGCAACAAGUCAGCCUUUGGGACGCUGUAUCUCACUGCUACACAUUUACUCUUCAUUGACUCACAGCAGAGAGAGAUUUGGAUAUUACACCAUCACAUUGCCACUGUGGAGAAACUGCCACUGACCACAACCGGCUGCCCCCUGGUAAUACAGUGCAAGAACUUCCGACUGGUUCACUUUAUCGUUCCUAAGGAGCGUGACUGCCAUGACGUUUACAACUCACUUUUGCAACUUUCAAAGCCGGUACGGUAUGGGGAUCUGUACGCAUUUUCCUACAACCCAAAACAGAAGGAGUCAGAAGGCGUCCUUGGCUGGCAGCAUAUUGACUUGAAGGAGGAGUAUCAGCGCAUGGGAGUGCCCAACUCUUACUGGCAGUUGUCUGAUGUUAACCGCGACUACAAGGUGUGUGACACUUACCCCCGAGAGCUGUACGUCCCAAUAACAGCAAGCAAACCCAUCAUUGUUGGAAGCUCGAAGUUCAGAAGCAAAGGAAGGUUUCCUGUGCUCUCCUAUUAUCACCAGGCCAAGAAGGCCGCCAUCUGCAGGUGUAGUCAGCCUUUGUCAGGCUUCAGUGCAAGAUGCUUGGAGGAUGAACACAUGCUGCAGUCUAUUAGCAAAGCCAAUCCGGUGUGUCGGUUGAUGUAUGUUAUGGACACAAGACCAAAGCUGAAUGCCAUGGCUAACAGGGCAGCAGGGAAAGGUUAUGAGAACGCUGACAACUACUCCAACAUUAAAUUCCAGUUUGUUGGCAUUGAGAAUAUCCAUGUUAUGAGGUCUAGCCUGCAGAAGCUCCUUGAAGUCUGCGGGACAAAAGCAUUAACUGCAAAUGAUUUUUAUAAUGGCCUAGAGAAUUCUGGAUGGCUUCGCCACAUUAAAGCCGUGUUGGAUGCCUCUGUUUGUUUAGCCAAGGCCAUAAAUGAUGAAAAUGCCAGUGUGUUAGUCCACUGUUCUGAUGGCUGGGACCGCACAUCACAAGUGUGUUCGCUAGGCUCCUUAUUGUUGGACUCAUUCUAUAGGACUAUAAAGGGGUUUAUGGUUCUGAUUGAGAAGGAGUGGAUAGCUUUUGGUCACAAAUUUUCAGACAGGUGUGGGCAGCUAGACAGUGACUCUAAGGAGAUCGCUCCAGUUUUUACCCAGUUCCUGGAAUGUGUGUGGCAGCUUAUGGAACAGUUCCCUCGGGCCUUUGAAUUCAACGAGGAUUUCCUUCUUCAGAUCCAUGAACAUGUCUACUCGUGCCAAUUUGGAAACUUCUUGGGAAAUUGCCAAAAAGAGAGAGAAGAGCUCAGGUUAAAAGAGAAGACACAUUCACUGUGGGCUCAUCUUCUGGGGGAGAAAAGCAAAUAUCGCAAUCCUGUCUUUGAUAAGAACUCACUGAGGACUCUGCCAUUCCUUGAACCAAAUACCAUACAUUUCAGCUUCAAGUUUUGGAGGAAUAUGUAUCACCAGUUUGACCUUAACAUGCACCCCAGACAGUCAGUGCCAAGCCUGCUAUUAAAAACCAUUGAUGAGUCUAAAUGUUUGGAAGAGGAGCUAAAACAGUUAAAAAUAAAAAUCCGAAACUUGACGAAGGGAGAGGGUUCUGGAAGCACAGAUUCCCUCCGCUCCACUCCACCAGCCUCUCCUGAGCGGAAGCAGUCACCGUGCUUUGAGAAGGAGCUGGAAAUGCCCCCUGUCAGUGAUGCCAUUCGUACAGCAGAGGGCAGCAACACAGCAGACAACCGCUACAGCGAGUACACAGAGGAACUGGCAAAGGCUGAGCCCUCUGUUGUCAGCCUGGAGUUUGGUGUUGCCAAAAUGACUUUCAGUUAGUAAUCUGGAUUUCCUGGACAAUCUGCUGUGUGAUUAUCAGCUUUCAGAGGGCCCUGGUCUGUAGCUCACAAAACAAUGAACGGAUAAUGGGACACUUCAUUACAGGUUUUGGGAUCAAGCAUAGAUUAGCCAUGUUGAGCUGGCCAGGAUUGUUUCGCCAGCUACACUGAAACCUUGGGGUUUGAAAUAAUCACGUGUAUUGGGAACCCUCCAGGCUUAGAAAAAUGGUUGGAAAACUUGGGCUGCAGAGGUUGCUAGGAGUCACUAUUAAGCAGCAAAUAGACUCUGAGAUAAAGGUCCAUGACCUGGUAUUCAUUACAUACAAAUAAUCAUUUUUCACAAGGCAGAAGGGAAUUUACCCAGGGGCUGUCAGGAUCAGAGGAGCCCUUUGGCGUAACAUUUUACAUAAAAAAGCAAAAGUCAUAUUGUGUUGUAUAACAAUUAUUAGAUAAGUUAAUUAUAUACGUUAGAAAUGUGCAUCUUGCAGCUCCCAGCAUCCCUUUGACAGCCAACCACUGUAACCUGCCCUUUUAAGGAGGGGGCCCCCAGCAUUCCUGCAUUGCUUGGUGAGGGCCUGCUUCUCUUUCUAUGGGCCUGGACAUUGUAUGGAUAAGAACUUACACAUCAAUCCAGACUUGUACUAAACUCACAGUCACCUUGCUAAUUCCGUAUGCUGACCCUUCCAUGAUACAGGUAUGUACCUGCCUCAUAGGCCUCCCAAGGGUUGAACUCAGUCCAGUCCUGUACCUCUUUGCAUAUAUUACUAUUCAUAGUGUAUUGUAAAUGUGUCUGGGAUUCAUUUCCAAUGUACUAAUCUUAUAUGUAUAAACCAGGUAUAACUAACCUGUUUGCACUAAGCUACAAAGGCUAAUAUAGAGUAGCACGAGGGCAUACUCGUCAAUUCAGUUGUACUAAUCAAUCGUGGGUCUGUCCACGCUGAUACCACCAUGAUUGUUGGCUUGCAAAGGGAAUUUUUUGCACUACUUGAAAUCCCCAGGAUAUACUUGAGCACAGCUGGCAGACAGUGAUGGUCUUUUCUAUUUAGGACCAGUAAGGGAAUGUAUAUUAGAUACACAAAGAUGCUGCUAUCAUUUGGCAAGGUCUAAGAGAAAUAGGCCAAACCAGUAGCAAAAUUCUCAUUAUUUCAAGAAUUGUCUGAGUUUACUGCAUGAAACCCCCCCCCCCCUUUUUUUUUUUUCACCCCUUUAGCAUUUUCAAAGAUACAACUCACAGCACCCUGGCAUCCUUAUACCAUUUAGGGAAGAUAGAAAUUACAGUACAACUAGAGGGCCACUGCUUUAUAAGGUCUUCAAUUAGUUUAGCUGGUCUUCCCCAAGAAAAUGCUUCUAAUAGGAUAAGAAGUGCCAAUCACACCAUCUGUUGAACCGUAUCGCAGCUGGUAAUCUGGGUGUAAAUCUCUAUGAGCCGUCAGUGGCAGGCAAAAGAGAAGAAUGGACCCAAAGGAACCCAUAUUGCCUGAAACUAUUGAUGCAUCUGUUGCCUAUAUAUCCAUAUGGAGCAGGUUGGCCAGAUAAAGCACCCCCCACCCAGAGCAUUGGUAUCUGUAAGGAUUGUAUUGCCAUUUUAAUAAAAAUUAUAUGUUGUGAAGCUGAUAAAAAAAAAAAGGUCAGUUUACUAAUCCACCUCUUUGUUUAUGAAGGAAGAUAAAAACGGCAGUUAAGUAAAUUACCUUCCUUAUUAAACCCCCUGUGAAACACUACUCCUUACCUGUAAGUCUGAGACUGCUAUGGAGAGAAAGGGACUCCUUGAUACAGAGAUCAUUACAUCUAUAUAAAUAAAGACCUUGAUUUCAGGGGCUGAGAUUGGGAUGGAGUGAGAAAUAUAGAUAUUUUCAUUAGGCAGAAAACAUCAGCUUUAAAUUCUGCUUGCCUUUACUGUCUUAUUAGAAAUUGUUUGUGCUCUAUCCUGCAGCCAGCAGGCACACAGGCAGGGGUUGCUUCUGUGUGUGUCAGUGUGUGCCUCUGUUACAGUGCUCUAUAAUACACAGUUUUUAUGUGUGUUUUGCCAAAGGCAUGAGCAGCCUAGUGUGACUACUCAUCCCCAGUGUCUGAAAGUGUUCAGAAUACACAUUAUUCCAUAUCAGUGAAGGCAAACAGACGGGCUCCUGAUUUAAAGGAAACAUAAAAUCACUGUGGGGGAUGCUGGUUUGUUGUGCUCCCCCAUGAUUCUAAUCACUAAUGACUUGCCAUGGGCCAGCACUUUGCUUCUUUCAAAUGUGCACUGGUCUGGGGGGAUUCUGUACCACCACCAUAUUGUUCCAAAAACUCAGGCCAAUUUAGCCUGGGACAUGCACAGAGAAUGCAGAAAUAUUCUCAAAAAUAUCUAUACCGUGCAUGUGCCCCUCCAGAAGGGUACAUGGGAUACUUAUGAGCGUGGAACAAGAUGGCUGCAGUGUGGUGUGCACAAAGGUGCAACGGGCCUGUGCAUUUUUAAGGAGAACAGCACUAGUUUAGGGGAAGGAGAUUAGUAGACAGAAUCACUGGGGGAGCCAUACAAGCUUGCCCCUUCUCCUUUAAACUACACCUAAUAAUAAGCUUGUGUUUAUAAUGACUAUUGGGAUACAUAGUCCACUGGUUGUUGGUCCAAAUGUACUGAAUCCUUGUGCCUCUGUAAAAUAACAGAAGAAUACUGCAUCAUUUGUAUGUUUACAAAAUCUAAUAUAGGGUACGUUCCGUUUAUUUUUUAAUAGAAUAUCAGUUUAACGAAGAAUUGUAGAAAUAUAUGGAAUUCAUGUGUCAGUCUGCUCAUUUGUCAUGAAAGCAACUUGAAAUAUUUUUGUUCAACAAUGGAUAUUUAGGUGCUUCUUUUAACCACUGGGGCACCAAAAAUACAACUGUAUGAAAGCAAUCCAUUAAAUAAAGACCUUGGGAUUGUGUCUGAAGGAUUAACCUU